CUCGUCUCCAUAGAGAAGCAGUCUACCAAAACGCAAGCAGCAUUACGCAUGACAUGGACGCCGCUGGAGCGAGUGUAUUCGUGGAGUCUCUGUGGAUUGUGAACUCUGCUCCUCUCGCAUUUUUCUCACACAUUCGGAACUUGAUGUGCGUGUCAGAAUUAUUUGAAGAGUUUGCUGAUUCAGAAGAUCAGUUCUGCAGCCCCCAUGUCUUAUGUAGGCUGCACUCGAUAGUGGCCCGGAGCUUUACGCGCAGCUUAUCUCCACGCUUUAGCAGCGCAGCUUGGAGCGCCCAGCCUUAGAUGUUUCGUAAACGAACAGGGUAAAAUAACAAAGAUGAUACAAACGGACAGUUUGCAGACAGAAUGGAUUUAACCCAGCUAAGUCUCUUGAUGGAAAAUGUUUCCAACGAUGAAAACACCACCGACGCACCAUUCGCCUUGCCACACACAGAGGCAGCCACUGCGCUCAUCAUCCUGGUGGUUACUGUGAUCAUUUCGGUGACCAUUGUUGGUAAUGUGUUGGUGAUUGUAGCGAUUCUUACUAGCCGAGCUCUCCGUGCACCUCAGAACCUUUUUCUGGUCUCCCUCGCAUCAGCGGACAUUCUGGUGGCCACGCUAGUCAUCCCCUUCUCCCUCGUCAAUGAGGUAAUGGGCUACUGGUACUUUGGAAGUACUUGGUGCGCCUUCUAUCUGGCUUUGGAUGUGUUGUUUUGCACCUCAUCCAUCGUGCACCUGUGCGCCAUCAGCCUGGACCGCUACUGGUCAGUAACAAAGGCGGUCAGCUACAACCUGAAACGGACGCCUAAGCGCAUCAAGUCCAUGAUUGCUGUGGUGUGGAUAAUUUCUGCUAUCAUCUCCUUUCCUCCUCUCCUCAUGACCAAACAUGAUGAACGGGAGUGCCUGCUGAAUGAUGAAACCUGGUACAUCCUCUCAUCCUGCCUGGUAUCCUUCUUCGCUCCGGGUCUCAUCAUGAUUCUCGUAUACUGUAAGAUUUAUAAAGUUGCCAAGCAGCGCUCCUCCACCGUAUUCGUGGCCAAGAAUGGCCUGGAGAGGCAGCCCUCUCAGUCAGAGACCUGUUUUGUCAGGAAAGACCGGUUCGAAUUGGAGAGCCCUAGCAGUCAAAGCUCCGGCAGCCAUCCGCAAAAGCAAGGGGAGCUGGAUGACAUCGACCUGGAGGAGAGCUGCUGUGCAUCGGAUACUAAACCGCGCCACCAUCGCUUCACCAAGCGGAGAAAAGUGGAGGGAUCGGACAGCUGCCCGCCCCAGAGCUGCCGCCUGUCCUGGGCAUCGGCCCGGGCGUUACAGCUCUACCCCGAGCAGAAGAACCCAGCUGGGCGACAACAGCUGGCUGCAGCCAACAAGACCAAAGUGGCCCAGAUGAGGGAGAAGCGGUUCACCUUCGUAUUGGCGGUAGUGAUGGGGGUAUUUGUGCUCUGCUGGUUCCCCUUCUUCUUUACUUACAGCCUGCAUGCUAUCUGCAGAGACAGCUGCUACAUCCCUGCCGCACUUUUCAACCUUUUCUUUUGGAUUGGCUACUGCAACAGUUCCGUGAAUCCUAUAAUAUACACCAUUUUCAACAGGGAUUUCAGAAAAGCUUUUAAGAAAAUCAUAUGCAGAACUUCAAAACGCACAUAAAGGGUUGCAAAAUCGUUUUUGCCUCCCAAAAGCACUGGGAAGAAAUUGUAGUAUUAUAACUUAUUGCUCCUGGCUGACUAUUCUGCUACGUCAUCAUUUUAAUGUAAUUUUUAGCAUAUUGACAAAAUACCCAGCAGUGUUGUG